AUGGCGGCCCCUUCCGCCCAAGCCCGCGUCACGAUCCAAGACGCGUUCGAGCGGUUUGCAUCCACUGUCACGUCCGACGACCAACGACAAUUCCAAAUCACGCAGCUCAAAGAUGUCCGAGAGGCAGCGAUACAGAUUGAGCAAGAGCUCCGCGGCCAGCGGAUGCAAAGGAAUAUGGCUCGGCUGGAUCCAUUCCUUCGGGGAAUGGAGCAUUACUCCAAGGUAGUUGAGGUGCUGUGCAACGGCACACCUUUUCUACCUUGGAUCUGGGCACCAGUAAAGAUGAUGCUUAUGAGUUUCAUCGUCGAGCUUACAACAUGGCCUAUAUUCUUCGGUUCCAUGUGGGCUGGCUUUGAAUCACGAUUCAAUGGGAUACUGCAUAGCCUGGCGUAUCACAGCGAGCUAGCCGACAAGGAAGCUGCUGCAGCGGACAUCGCUGAAUCCAUCCGACGUGGCAAAGCCGACAAUGACAAAUGGGAGCAACAAGAGCGCGAGUGGGCUGCAGUCAAGGUUCAAACAGUCCUCACGUGGUUGGGAACGACCGAUGUUCUCCCAGCCGACUCUCUCGACCGGCGCAUCCAACAUUACUUGCCAGGCAGUUGCGAUUGGUUCAUACAACACGAAGCCACUGAGCAAUGGCUGGGAGAUAGCGCAAAGAAUCCCUUUUUUUGGCUUUGCGGAAAACCCGGGGCAGGGAAGUCUACCAUAUGCUCUGUGCUUGUGCAACACACCGAGGCGAACGCCAUCCAUGUUAUCUACUACUUCUGUAGUUUUCUUGGAAGCCAAUCCGAUGGCCUAAGCCGUCUCCUGCGAUCCCUUAUCUCGCAAGUGAUUCAAAAACACCAGGAUCUCGCCACUUACGUCCAUGAUGUCUACUUCAAAUCACACCCAGUACCCACGAAGAAAGCAUUACUGACUCUUCUUACUGAACUUCUUCAAGGGUUGGGAUCCGUGCGGCUUAUUGUAGACGGCAUCGAUGAAUGGGCUGAACGAGAUCAAACGGAGCUUCUCAAGGAUCUUUCGCAGAUGAUAUCAACCGACCAGUCCUCUCAUAUUUGCAAGAUCAUGAUCGCCAGCCGAGAGACUAUGGUCACUUCGCGACGCAAGAAGGACAAAUUGUCAACGAUGAUCUCUCUUAGCAAUGGCGACGAAGGUCUUGCAGUUACUCGUGCGAUUGCCAGUUUUGUCGAUGAUAAGCUUGCUGAUCUUCCCGAGCACUUCGAAGAGCUCGACCCUGAUUCCUCGAUCAUGGCUCACGUCAAGAAGACUCUGCUUGAGAAGUCUCAGGGUAUGUUCUUGUGGGUGAGCCUCGUGCUGCAAUCACUUGAUACGGUGUAUAGCCCUGAGGAACUACGUACUGUCGUCGACAGCCUUCCAUCUGAUCUGGAGGCCCUUUACAAACAGAUCGUGACUCGUCUCUGCAGCGCCCCAGGUGCCCAAAGCUACGGAGGCGUGCCACGCAUCAUGAGCUGGAUAUGCUUCUCACGAAGGCCUCUGCAUAAAUCAGAGCUACUGCAGGCGCUGUCUAUGUUUCCAGACGACAUGGGCUCUCAGAUGCGAAGUAUUCCUGUCGCUUCCAUUCUUGACCACUGCAAACCGCUUAUCGAAGAACUACCUGAUUCAACGAUAGUACCAGUCCACUUCUCGGUCAAAGAGUAA